AUGCGUGAUCUUGGCGAUGCCUUUGUUUCGCAGGAGUUUCGGCUGCACAUGGAUGUGAAAGAUGGACAGGUGGUGGCGGCAUUCUUGGCGCGAUGGCGCGAGUAUCUGACCACGCUCCGAUCCAGCGAUGUGGAACAAAAGGAAGGUGCUCCGCUUGAUGAAGACGCCGUCGCCGCACUGUCCGACGAACAGCGUCAGCAGCUCCAUCGGCUACGCACUACCCUUCUCGAAGAUAAGGAGAAAGAUUAA